CGACGCUGGGGCAAUUGUGCGCUGCUCCUUGAGACUCCCGAUCACGGCCGGUUGUGAGACAGCCCGGGAUCGAACCAUAGUCUGUAGUGAAACUUCUAGCACUGAGUUGCAGUGCCUUAAACCUCUGCGCCACUCGAAAGCCUUCAAAACCGACCGAACACACACGCUUUGGAAUCGGACGAGUUGUGUGAAUGUAGAGUGGCAUUGCGAGAUAUAUGUCCCUUUGACAGAUACAUUGCAGUGUCAUCCACCCUCUUUAUCCUCCCUCCAAAGUGAUCCGUUUCUCCUCAGGGGCAAUGACUGCCUCCAUUAAUGAUUCACAGGCUCAAAUAAAAGCGAUUUAAGUUGACGUUGUGUCACGUGAGCAGGGCGCAUAAUACAGUGUUAUGGCACGAAGAAAAAACCGGAGCCCCGGUCUGGCCAUACAACGAUUGCGCGCGUCACCCCACUUUCCGUGAGUGGAGUCGGGGCUUUCUAGACAUUUGCCAACGAGAUGAAGCAAGAGGGAGAGAGGAAAGAAAGAUGUUCUUGGUUUUUGUGGACGGUAUUAUAGUGCUGUCACGGACGGAUAUGUUUUUCCUCGCGGACAGAGUCAGAGCUCGUGCUUCGGGAGGAUGGAUUUUAUUUUGAGAAUUCUGCCUAAAUAAAUCCCAUCCAUCCUACAGUCUUCACGAGAUCCUGCCCUGCCAUCGAAGACAAGAGAAGCAGUGCUCUGGACGUGUUUACUGCCUAGAGAUGCAAGAGGACAUAAAUAUUUUUGCCUUGGCCGCAAACGUCACCAUUCACAUGCAGAGGGAUUCCCCAUGCUCUCGGUUUCUUUCUCCCCCUGUUUCUCUAGUCUCUGUUUUCCCUUCUGGAGGUGUAACUCCUUUCCAUUUUUCUCACCAAGAGCCUGAUGGGGGGUCUUUCCCUUGGUUCAUCCCAACCAAGGCUUUGAUCUGCGGUGUCCCCAGUUCAUUAACGCAUCGUUUAUUUAUUUUUAUACCAUUCAGGAAACAUACCUAUUCCAUCCUAGGAACUUUGAAAUUGGUGGAAUAUUGCAACGAAAAUAACCAAAACUCCCAGCACCAUUCGUAAACAAAAGGCUUGAUAGACUACAUAAAAUGCUAAAAUGUUGGUAAAUGAGUAAUGACGAUUUUUAUCCCUCUCAUAGUAAUGGUAAUGUGCUGUUGUCAUCUGCUGUGCUGCGUAAAUCUGUGUACUUAUGUUAUUCGAUUCUGUGUGGAAUAAAUAACAACAAAUGCCAUAAAACACUUAGGGGAUGGGUGUUCGUGGUUUUUCCCCAUACUACUUCAUCACGUGGGGGAGGAGAGCCACACGAUUUGAAGUAGCUUUCUGUGUUCAAGGCGCUAGUUCAUUUGCAUAAUUGUUCUUGUCUAUGGUGACGCUAUGUUUCGGGGGAGUUCACUGGUCUGGUGAUGUCUGCAUGGUACUUGUGCACGUACUUGUACACAUAGUCCAGCAUAGCCUAGGUUUAAUAUUGGUAUGAUGCAUGGGCACUGCUCUAGCAUGUGAUAAGUUCAACCGUGAGGGCAGAUAGCGCUUAUCUGGGCGACCCAAGUGCUCGCGCCUGCUUUCGUAAUCUCGGUUUACCCAUCGACGUCGAACAGAAAAAAAAGGAGUUCGUUUCUUCUACACACAGAGCCACUCGCCUCUUCCCUUUUCUGUUGUGGCCGAUGAGUCCUGUAUGAGCUAGGUGCAGGCUGGUCCUGCUGAUUCUACCCCAGCUAAACUUUUUCUCUGGACUACUGUUCUGAUCGAUUUUGUCGUUGAAUGAGAAAUAUUGCGUUGUGCUCUGCAUUCGUCGUCAGAGGAAAAGGUUCACCCGAGGAGGCCAUUGGCGGAGAGGCGUCACGUGACCAARGGUGCCAAUGUUAUUCUACAAGGGUGUCAAGACCCUGUCAGUUUCUGAAAUAAAUAUUGGGAAACGGCGAGAUGCAAAAGGCAACCUACUACGACAGCUCCGCAAUUUACAGUGGCUACCCGUAUCAAAGCGCAAAUGGCUUCAGUUAUGACGCCAAUCAGGUCCAAUAUCCCCGGGCCUCUCAUGUGGAAAGUGAGUACCAUCGACCCGCCUGCUCCCUGCAGUCCCCAGACGGCUCGGUCGCACUGCAGAAGCCGGGGGAGAUAGCAGAGAGCUGUGAUAGGAGUACGGCCAUCCAGGCGACGCAGCCACCCGUCCUCACCGACAGCAAUCAACCACAGGUGUCGGUGUCUGUCCCGCCACCCCCUCUCCAGUCACAGUCCCCCGGUUCUCUCAACCAGAACAAGAGCAACGGCUCCAGUCAAGCCGACUCAAAUGGCCCCGUACACGGCUCGCCGACCUCCACCACCCGGAAACACAUCUUCCCAUGGAUGAAAGAGUCCCGUCAGAACCAGAAGCCUAAAACCAGUAGCUCCAGCUCAGUUGAGAGUUGCCAAGGAGACAAGAGCCCCCCGGGCGGGUCAGCCGCGUCGAAGAGAGCCCGGACGGCUUAUACCAGUGCACAGCUGGUGGAACUGGAGAAGGAGUUCCACUUCAACCGUUACCUCUGCAGACCCCGCAGGGUCGAGAUGGCCAACCUGCUCAACCUCACGGAGMGGCAGAUUAAGAUCUGGUUCCAGAACCGCAGGAUGAAGUACAAAAAGGAUCAGAARGGGUGYGGCAUGAUGCCCUCUCCCGGRGGACAGUCCCCUCGGAGCCCCCUCGGUCCAUCUCCCGGAGGCGGGGGUGGAGGAUACCUCAACUCUAUGCAUUCUCUGGUUAACAGUGUCCCCUAUGAGUCCCAGUCGCCAACGUCUUACAAUAAGCCCGCUCAUAAUGCAUACGGUAUGCCCACGUCAUAUCCCCCUCCCUUGAACAGCUCCCUAAACAACUGCCCGCCCUCUCAGAAGAGAUAUCCCGGGACUGGCGGCUCGCCCACGCCCGAGUAUGACGCGCAUCCUCUCCAAGGCAAUGGGGGCUAUGGGGCGCACUUGCAGCAGGGCAGCCCUGUGUAUGUUAGCGGAGGCUACAUCGAUUCGAUGCCCAACAACGGGUCCUCCAUUUUCGGCCUGACCCAUCUCUCGCACCCGCCGUCCACACACAUGGACUACAAUGGAGCAAUCACUAUGGGCAAUAGUCACCAUCACGGACUGUGUGAUCCGAACCCGACRUACACAGACCUUACGCCGCACUACUCUCAGGGAAGAAUUCAGGAAGCGCCCAAACUUACGCAUCUGUAGCCGGGAUGCACCCCGGAUCACUCCGCCCCAUUGUCCUAUACCUCCAGACCUACCAUCGCUUUGUUCCUUCUCUUCUUCAGUAGCUUCUUCCACCUUUUCUUUGUUUUACGUUUUGUUUUUUAUAUAGUUGAAUGUGUGAAGUAGGAUAGGAAAGUAAUCACUUUGCUUAAAAUAUUCUGUCUAUUUGCUAUGGUGUCAUUGUUCCACGCAGACAUAUUAUCUGAUAUGACAAGCGCGGGGGCACAAAUGCAUAGACCUAUUUAAUCUUUAACUUGUUUCUAAAAACAAAAAUCAAACAGGGUAUAUGAACAAAUAUUAUGGUAUUCUUUUUAAUGUGAUUUUUUGUUAUUUAUCCACAGUUGAAUAUAUGUUUUUAUGUUAUUGUUUUGCAUUUUGUUGCACUUGUGGAAGGAUCCUUAUAGGAAUCAUGUGCAGGGUUUUUUGAGACACACACACACACACAAAGGAAGGUCUGGAAGCUCCAGCCUAUGACCUACCCAAAUUGUGUUCUGUUGGACUUUCAACAUUUUAUUUAUUUUUGUUCUGACGUAAUAUGGAGUUCUUUAGUAUUAUUUAACCACCCCGUGCUCUUUGUAUGUGGGGAGAAGGUUAUUGGAAACAGACCUCGGCUCCAGUUCUACCCUUUACCUGACGGCAGACAGACGACGGACAGACCACAGACAGACACGACUCUCAGCAGCACAUAAUAUGUUGGUGUUAUUUUUCUUCGAGGAGGUCUUUUUUUUUCUCUACGAAUGUAAAUCACGCAAUCAUGCAAUAAGGUUGGAAGGAAGGACAGACAUUAGAAUUUUUUUUAUUGAAAAAAAAAAUAUUUGAGAUAUUACCAAGUUUCUGUUUCAAUGUCAUACAUUCCAUCCUGCUGCAGUUCGGAUAAAUAAAUGAUUUUCAAUAUAAAUGUAUCUUUCAACCUUAAUUUCGAGGGAAUUUGAACGUAGAACACAAUGGCACAAACUACAAUAAGGAAGGAAUAAUAAUAAUAAUAAUAAUAAUAGUAAUAAUAAACACCUUAAUAUCCCAUAAAAAGCCUAAUUUGUGAGGUAGAAAAAAAACUGGUAGGACUUUAGAGGCUAUGCUAUUUCAUAAAAACAAAUGUAUCCCCAUUAUCUCAUAAUCUGUAAUACCAUUAAUAAUCUAUAACAUCAUAUUUAAUUUGUAGUGACAAUAAAUCACGAAAACAUUUUAGGCCUCUUGUUUUGUCUCCUCUAGCGCGUGGGCAACUCAGAAGCUCUUGCGGUGGCCUUGUUCCGCUCCUCCUCCGCAUGGGCACAUCCAUAAUAACAAAAGUGUCACGAGGAUYUUCUGC